AUGGAUUCUCAAGUACUCAACAUCUUAGCCCUUACCGUGUCCUUUUUCCUCUUCAUGGUUGUGGCACUCAAAAUAGGGACCAAUCUCAAAAAAUCUGAGUCAUCUCCAAACAUACCCCCAGGACCAUGGAAGCUACCUAUCAUAGGAAACAUACCCCAUCUUGUCACAUCUACACCACACCAAAAAUUAAGAGAGUUGGCUAAAAUAUAUGGACCCUUGAUGCAUCUCCAACUUGGAGAGCUCUUCGCAAUCAUUGUUUCCUCACCAGAAUAUGCUAAGGAGAUCAUGAAAACCCAUGAUGUCAUCUUUGCAUCAAGGCCUCGAAAUCUAGCUUCUGAUAUUAUAUCCUAUGAAUCCACAAAUAUCGUUUCAGCACCGUACGGGAAUUAUUGGAGACAGCUAAGAAAAAUAUGCACAGUGGAGCUUUUAACCCAUAAACGUGUCAAUUCUUUCAAGCCAAUGAGAGAAGAGGAGCUCACCAAUCUUGUCAAAAUGAUUGAUUCACAUAAAGGGUCGCCCUUCAACCUCACUGAAGCAGUGCUUCUUUCAAUAUAUAACAUCAUUGCUAGAGCUGCUUUUGGCAUGAAAUGCAAAGACCAAGAAGAAUUCAUAUCAUUGAUAAAAGAAGGCAAGACAAUUGCAACAGGAUUUCACAUUGGAGAUUUUUUUCCUUCUGUUAAAUGGUUUCAACUUGUUAGUGGUUUGAAGCCUAAACUCGAGACACUGCAUCAGCACUUUGAUCGGAUACUAGGAAGAAUCAUCAAUGAACACAUAGAAGCAAAGUCAAAAUCCAGUGAUGGCCAAGGUGAAGCAGAGGAAGAUUUGGUAGAUGUUCUCCUAAAAUACCAGGAUGGUAAUGAAAGAAACCAGGACAUUUGUUUAACUAUCAACAAUAUCAAGGCUAUAAUUCUGGACAUCUUUGGUGCUGGAGGUGAGACAGCAGCAACUACAAUAAAUUGGGCAAUGGCAGAAAUGAUUAGGGAUCCAAGAGUAUUGAAGAAAACACAAACCGAGGUGAGAGAAGUAUUCAAUAUGAAAGGAAGGGUUGAUGAAGCUUGCAUGGAUGAACUCAAAUAUUUGAAAUCAGUUGUCAAAGAGACCCUUAAGACAUGUGAGAUUAAAGGGUAUCAUAUACCAGCCAAAAGUAAGGUAAUUGUGAAUGCUUGGGCAAUAGGAAGAGAUCCAAAGUAUUGGACUGAAGCAGAAAGGUUUCAUCCAGAGAGAUUCAUUGAUAGCUCUAUUGACUACAAAGGGAUUAAUUUUGAGUAUAUUCCAUUUGGUGCUGGAAGAAGAAUAUGCCCAGGCAUCACCUUUGGUUUAGUAAAUGUUGAGCUGGCCCUUGCAUUUUUGUUGUAUCACUUUGAUUGGAAGCUUCCCAAUGGAAUGAAAAAUGAGGACUUGGACAUGACCGAGAAGUUUGGAAUCACCGUUUCAAAUGUUGAACGGGGAUUGAAUUUUGGCACUCAAAAUAACGAGCAGUUCAUCAAAACUGAGCCAUCUCCAAACCUACCUCCGGGACCAUGGAAGCUACCUAUCAUAGGAAACAUACACAAUCUUGUUUCAUCAUCACUGCACCGAAAACUAAGAGACUUGGCCACAAUAUAUGGCCCCUUGAUGCAUCUCCAACUUGGGGAGGUCUUCACAAUCAUUGUUUCCUCACCACAGUAUGCUAAGGAGAUCAUGAAAACCCAUGAUCUCAUCUUUGCGUCAAGGCCUAAAAUUCUGGCUUCAGAUAUAAUGGCUUACGAAUCCACAGACAUUAUAUUUUCACCUUAUGGAAAAUAUUGGAGGCAGCUAAGAAAAAUAUGCACACUGGAGCUCUUCACCCAUAAACGUGUCAACUCGUUCCAUCCAAUAAGAGAAGAAGAGCUCACCAAUCUUGUCAAAAUGAUUGAUUCACAUAAAGGGUCGCCCUUCAACCUCACCGAAGCACUACUUUCAUCAGUGUAUAACAUCAUUUCAAGAGCUGCGUUUGGCAUGAAAUGCGAAGACCAAGAAAAAUUCAUAUCAGUGGUAAACGAAGCCAUAACAGUUGGAUCAGGUUUGAACAUAGGAGAUCUGUUUCCUUCUGCUAAAUGGCUUCAACAUUUUAGUGGUUUGAGGCCUAAGGUUGAGAGAUUGCACCAACAAAUUGAUCGCAUACUAGAAGGUAUCAUCAGUGAACACAGGGAGGCGAAGUUAAAAGCCAAAGAAGGCCAUGGUGACCUAGGGGAAGAUUUGGUAGAUGUUCUCCUCAAAUUCCAGGAUGGUAAUGAUACUAACCAGGAUAUUUACUUAACUAAUAACAAUAUCAAGGCUAUAAUCCUGGACAUCUUUGCUGCUGGAGGUGAGAGCUCUCCAACUACGAUUAAUUGGGCAAUGACUGAGAUAAUAAGGGAUCCACGAGUUAUGAAGAAAGCACAAGAUGAGGUGAGAGAGGUAUUCAAUAUGAAAGGAAGAGUUGAUGGAGCUUCAAUCACUGAACUCAUAUAUUUGAAAUCAAUAGUCAAAGAGACCCUAAGAAGAAUAUGCCCAGGCAUCACCUUUGGUUUAGCCAGUGUUGAGCUGACCCUUGCAUCUUUGUUGUUUCACUUUGAUUGGAAGCUUCCAAACGGAAUGAAAAAUGAGGACUUGGACCUGACUGAACAGUUUGGAGCGACUGUUAGAAGAAAGGAAGACCUAUACUUGAUACCACUCACUUCUCAUCCUUUACUGUUCCCCAUGUUACUCUCUUCUGUUACCAUGGAUUGUCAAAUACUAAACAUAUUAGCCCUGAUCAUCUCCUUUUUCCUCUUCAUGAUUUUGGCACUCAAAAUAAGGACCAAUCUCAAUAAAACUGACUCAUCUCCAAACAUGCCCCCUGCACCAUGGAAGCUACCUAUCGUAGGAAACAUACACAAUCUUGUUACAUCAACACCACACCGAAAACUCAGAGACUUGGCCACAAUAUAUGGCCCCUUGAUGCAUCUCCAACUUGGGGAGGUCUUCGCAAUCAUUGUUUCCUCACCAGAGUAUGCUAUGGAGAUCAUGAAAACCCAUGAUGUCAUCUUUGCAUCAAGGCCUAAAAUUAUGGCUUCAGAUAUAUUAGCUUAUGAAUCCACAAAUAUAGUUUUUGCAUCCUAUGGAAACUAUUGGAGACAGCUACGAAAAAUAUGCACCGUCGAGCUUUUCACACAAAAACGUGUCAGCUCAUUCCAACCAAUAAGAGAAGAAGAACUCACCAAUCUUGUCAAAAUGAUUGAUUCACAUAAAGGGUCGCCCUUCAACCUCACUGAAGCGCUACUUUCAUCAGUGUAUAACAUCAUUUCAAGAUCUGCGUUUGGCAUGAAAUGCAAAGACCGAGAAGAAUUCAUAUUGAUGGUAAAAGAAGCCGUGAAAAUUGGAUCAGGUCUUAACGUAGGAGAUCUUUUUCCUUCUGCUAAAUGGCUUCAACUUGCUACUGGUUUGAGGCCUAAGCUUGAGAGACUGCGUCGACAAAGUGAUCGCAUAUUAGAAGACAUCAUCACUGAACACAAAGAGGCAAAGUCAAAAGGCAGAGGAGGCCAAGGUGAAGCAGAGGAAGAUUUGGUAGAUGUUCUUCUAAAAUUCCAGGAUGGUAAUGAUAGUAAGCAGGAUAUUUGCUUAACUAUUGACAAUAUCAAGGCUAUAAUCCUGGACAUCUUUGGUGCUGGAGGAGAGACAUCUACAACUACCAUUAAUUGGGCAAUGGCCGAGAUGAUAAGGGAUCCUAGAGUAAUGAAGAAAGCACAAGAUGAGGUGAGAGAGGUAUUCAAUAUGAAAGGAAGGGUUGAUGAAACUUGCAUGGAUGAACUCAAAUAUUUGAAAUUAGUUGUGAAAGAGACCCUAAGGUUACACCCACCAGCUCCUCUUUUAAUUCCAAGAGAAAGUGCAGAAGCAUGUGAGAUUAAUGGGUAUCAUAUUCCAGUCAAAAGUAAGGUAAUUGUGAAUGCUUGUACAAUAGGAAGAGAUCCAAACUAUUGGACUGAAGCAGAAAGGUUUUAUCCAGAGAGAUUCAUUGAUAGCUCUAUUGACUACAAAAAGAAUAAUUUUGAGUACAUUCCAUUUGGUGCUGGAAGAAGAAUAUGCCCAGGCAUGACACUUGGUUUGAUGAAUGUUGAGCUGGCACUUGCAUUUUUGUUGUAUCACUUUGAUUGGAAGCUUCCCAAUGGAAUGAAAAAUGAGGAUUUGGACAUGACUGAGCAAUUUGGAGUGACUGUUGGAAGAAAAGAUGACCUAUACUUGAUACCUGUCACUUCUCCACCUUUUCUGAGCUGA